CUUCAACAUAUACGACCAACAGAUAUUUAAAAUUUCGUAAUAAGUAGAGAAAAGAUAUGAUUGAUGACCAUAUAAAGACAAAAGGCAGUAAUCAAUAACUGUGGAGGUGUGUGGUUACCAAGUGGAGAAACAAGGAAAAGGUGCAACAGAGAUAUGGAGAGAUGAAGUUGGGGGAGAGAAGGAGAAACAGCUGAUGGAUAAGUGAGAAGGAAGGUGAAGAAUAAAGGAAAGAGAAAGGAUAUACAAAAUACUACAGUACAGGAAUCUGAGCUCAUGUUACAAACUGAGGAGGAGUCAACAUCAACUUUACAAAAAAGGUCUUUCAGCAAGGGACACAUCAGAAACUCUAGGAUUUUGGAGGAAGAUCAGAACCUGUGCUUUUCCUCAGCCAUUGGGGAAGAAGAGGCAAUAGAUUGAUAUAUCUAAAUCUCCACAUUUGCAGCAAUUAACAUGGCAGCUACGACCACUAAUGCUCCAGUAUAUGAAGAUACAUCUUCUAUACCAUCGGGUUUCAGAGUUUUGGCAACAAUUCCUGAUGUGCUGAUGAUACCAGAUUUAAUUUUUGGUGGUCUUGUAUGGAUUUUGGUGGCUUCUUCCAGAGUGCCAGCACCAAUUUUACAAGGAUGGGUCAUGUUUGUCUCUGUAUCCCUUUUUAUCUUCAGUUUUCUCUUCAUGAUGCUGUAUUGCGUUCAUGCGCAUGGAGGAAAGUCAUCCUGGACAACGAUUGAUGCUUCUUAUCAUUGUAUUGCUGCUUUCUUCUACUUGAGCGCCUCUGUUCUGGAAAGCUACGCCACCAUCAUAUUAAAUAUUCCAUCAAUCUUUCAGCUUUACCAAGAGAAUAUUGCAGCUGUGGUGUUUGCCUAUUUUGCCACUCUGUCCUAUACAGUUCAUGCCAUUUUCUCACUGAUAAGGUGGAAAAGAUCAUCAUAAUUCUGAAGGAUGUUGUUACAAUUCGGAGUCAAAAGUGCUACUUGAAAUAAAAGUUAAACUACAAUAUGAACUGAUAGAGACACUAGGAAAAUAUCUGUCCCGUGUUUAUGUACCAUGUUGGGAAUAUUCAGAUUGCACAGAUAGUUACACACCCAAGCCCGGCCCCCUGGGACAAUCAAAGUGAACACAUUCCCUGAAGAUAUAUAUAUAUAUAUAUGUAUCCCGAUGUCUCCAUUCAGUUACACGUUUGUGUUAGUAUUUGCAUUUUAUAGAUAUUUUUCAUUUUAUGGUUUGAGCAAAUGUAUUUAAUGUCAAUGUGUGUUUACCGUUUGCGGAGCUUGAUUUCAUGUCGUAUUUGAAUUGUAAAUAUGCAGCCAAAAAUCAGUCACAGGCCAAUGCAUUUUAGGGGAAAAAAAUAAUCAAAUAAAUGUGAUUUUAACCUUU